GUGUUUGACGGCUAUGGUUGAGGAGUCAUGCUGAACCUACUAUUCGUGUUCGGCGUCGAGAUGCUCGAGUGCACCGCAUGGCCUUCUUCCCCGCGAAUAGAGCCCUCGAGGGACGUUGGCUUCGUCUUCGCGACGAAAAUGCUUCCGAACCCCGGACGACUAAGGGGAACCCCGUCCAAACGUCGAUCUUUCGCGGCUCAGGGACAAUCUCGAUCUACACACAGACGAGCAAGCGAAUAACGUGGAUUUAUCGUCAGUGUCCCUCGGAACCGCGAGGAGAUCCGUACUGCACGUUUAUUUCUAGCCAGCCCAACGGAUGCGUGGGUGCCGUUACACUGUCACCAAGAGCCGUCCUACCCAAGCCCACGCCCUUGGGUCUCAUCGCGCCCUUCCUCGCCGGAGCGACUGCCUCUCCUGUCUCGUAUCGUUCACGCUGCUUUACCCCAAGGUACGGUUGAUGCGGCGAGCCCAUACCCGUGGUACUCCGGUGGGCAGCAGCCAGCGUUCCCGACACUCGUCCGGUAUACCAACGUUCUGGGUCCCCACCCACCCGACUCCACACUCCUGGGACCCAGUAUAUCGUUCGCACUCCAUUGGCGCUUGCACAUCCAAGACGCGUAGGUCCACGCCAAAAAAAAAAAAAAAUCGCCUACCUCGCGGAGGCGCGUCCAACGAGGUAUAAAAGCUGGACCAUGUUGCCUCCAUAGCCCUCAGGACAUUCGAGUUCUUCACUCGCUUGCUCACCUACCCGGCUCACAACGCAUAGCAAUGGC